AUGCUCCUCUCCCAGGAUUCCGGACUUGCACAUGGGAGCAGGGUGCAAAUCCCUCCAGCCGCUCAUUCAGUGAGUCUAGACGACAGCCAUGGCCCAGCCGUUGAGUCAUCCACGGAAUCAAUACCAGUCCACCCGCUUGGAGUCAAACCCCUGGGCAAUCAGUUCUUCGCCUCUGCCCCGUCUGCAAGGCAGGCAAUUGGCUCUUUUGGGUCCCUUCCCGAUGAGAUGAUCCUGCAACUCCUAGAGUACCUUGGAAAAGAGUCACUCAGGUCACUGGGCUCCACUAGUCGGUUUCUAUACGCUUUCUGCCAGUUGGAUGAGCUCUGGAAACCCCUUUUUCUCGAGGCACCCACGGGGGACGCUGGCCUUUUGCCUUGGAAAGGCAGCUGGAGGAGUACAGUUCUGCAGCUCCCAAAAGAAUCUGCCCCCAAGUUAGAUUGCAGUAAUGUCUUUUCGGACGUCCUCCAUCGACCAUUUGCCUGCUCCCACAUCGUACUCAAGAAUUAUGUCUCUGGAAUCCCUCGCGCGAACCAGAUGAAGCGGCUUAGCAGCCUCUCACACGAAGACUUCUUGAAUCACUGGAGUGAGAAGCCGUUCAUCCUGACGGACUACAUCAAGCAAUGGCCAGUCUUCAGGGAUUGGACUAUUGCUAAGCUUAACAAAGCCUACGCCAACGUUGAAUUCAGGGCCGAGGCAGUGGAUUGGCCAUUCUCAAUGUAUCACACAUAUAUGCAAAACAGUGAUGAUGAGAGCCCGCUCUAUCUAUUUGAUCGCAAGUUUGCCGAGAAAAUGAGCAUCAAGGUUGGCCAGGAAGACGGUGGCGCCUACUGGCCACCUGAAUGCUUCGGCGAAGACGUAUUCCAUCUGCUGGGUCAAGAAAGACCUGCACAUCGAUGGCUGAUCGUCGGACCUGAGCGAAGCGGAUCGACAUUCCACAAAGACCCGAACGCCACCAGUGCCUGGAACGCGGUCCUCGAAGGUUCGAAAUACUGGCUCAUGUUUCCGCCGAGCGUGCCUCAGCCCCCUGGUGUCUUCGUGUCAGAGGAUAGCAGCGAAGUGACCAGCCCCCUGAGCAUCGCAGAAUACCUCCUGACGUUCCACGCGGAGGCGCGUGAAGAAGCCGGCUGUAUAGAAGGCAUUUGUAGGGCAGGGGAACUAUUAUAUGUACCCAGCGGAUGGUGGCACUUGGUGAUCAACCUCGAAGCAGGUAUUGCCUUGACGCAGAACUUCGUGACGAAUUCGAAGAAGCACCUGGCGCAUGUGCUGUCGUUUCUCAAAGACAAGCCGGACCAGGUCACUGGUUUCAGCCGGGAUAUCACCAGCCCUUAUGAAUUGUUUGUCGAAAGACUCCGCGAGAAGCAACCUGAUCUGCUGGAAGUAGCACUCGAAGAGAUGGAUCGCAGAAACGGGGGAAAGAAACGGCGCUGGGAAGAAGCAGUCGGUGCAAAGGAGGAAGCCCAAAGUGAAGCUGGUGGGUUUAGUUUUGGUUUCGGCGGUGAUGACCUCGAUGACGAGGAAAUACCGUAA